AGAAACGUGGUUUAGAAGAGAUUGUGUUUGUGGCUGGUGCUUUACAGGUUGGGGUCUCUCAUAAUAGAUACUGAAGUCCAGCCCAGAGGGGGUGUUGUUCACGAUGAAAGUAGUGAAAACUUUAAUCAGUGGUGGAAAAGACAGCUGUUACAAUAUGAUGCACUGUGUUGCUGCUGGGCAUGAGAUCGUUGCCUUAGCCAAUUUAAGACCUGCUGAAAACAAAGAAGGCACAGAUGAGCUGGACAGUUACAUGUAUCAGACAGUAGGACACCAUGCCAUAGAACUUUACAGUGAAGCAAUGGGUUUGCCUCUUUAUCGUCACACCAUUAAGGGUACAAGUGUGGACAUUGGCAGAACAUAUACGAAGUGUGAAGGCGAUGAGGUUGAGGACCUUUACCAGCUUCUAAAACUUGUUAAGGAUAAAGAGGACGUAGAAGGUGUUUCAGUAGGUGCCAUUCUUUCAGACUAUCAACGUGUCCGUGUGGAAGAUGUGUGCAAACGACUUACCCUACAGCCCUUAGCUUAUCUUUGGCGUCGGGACCAGGAAAUGUUGCUUAAAGAAAUGAUAUCUUCCAAUAUUGAAGCCAUAAUCAUAAAAGUAGCUGCUUUUGGUUUAGAUCCAGAUAAACAUCUAGGAAAAACAUUGGACGAAAUGGAACCUUAUCUUUUAGAACUUUCUAAGAACUAUGGGGUCCAUAUCUGUGGAGAAGGUGGAGAAUAUGAAACAUUCACACUGGAUUGCCCUCUAUUUAAGAAGAAAAUAGUUGUGGAUUCAACAGAAGUAAUUGUACAUUCUGCAGAUGCAUUUGCUCCUGUGGCUUACCUUCGUCUAUUAAAAUUGCACUUGGAAAACAAGGUUAACUCUUUAAACAAAGUCUUAGCCAGGCGCUGUUCUUGUGACAUCAGCUGUUUUGAGGAUAGUUCAUGGUCUGCUUCAGAGGAGCAAAGUGAAACCCCUUUUAUCACAUGGCACUCCACUGGAUCUACCUUGGUGAAGUCUGAUAAGACUUUUGAAUGUUCAUGGAAAUCCCUGAGUGGUUACAACUGGUUAUCCAACAUCACUGCUGGUUUUCAUCCAUCAGAAAGAGUAAGAGUGGAAGAUCUGGCGAAAGAUACCUUUUCAUCACUCAGAGCUCAUCUAAACUCAGAAGGAUUGGAACUGAAAGAUAUUGUUUUAGUCCAUCUGUACAUGAAGAGCAUGAAAGAUUUUUCUGUGAUAAAUUCAGCCUAUAUGACAACAUUUGAUUUGUGUCCCCCAGCAAGAGUGUGUGUAGAAGCCCCCUUACCUGAAGGAAUAUUAUUUCAGAUGGACUGCCUCGCACACAAGUAUAGUGAGAUAAGUGGUGAUGUACCCUGUUAUGAGAAGCAGGUCAUGCACGUGCAGAGCAUUUCUCACUGGGCUCCUGCCAACAUAGGACCUUACAGUCAGUGUGUACAGGUUGGAGAAGUUCUUUACUGUGCUGGACAGAUUGCACUUAUACCUUGUACUAUGCAGCUCAUAAGUGCUGGCAUAAAAGCAGAGGCUUUGGUUUCCUUAAGCCACGUUGAAAAAGUCCUAAAAGCGAUGAGCCAGAAUGCUGAACUCCAACAUGUACUUAUGGCAAAUUGUUAUGUAACUGACAAGAAGUACAUUUCUGUCGCUCAAGCUACAUGGCAGAAGAAAUUAAGAGAAUUUAAAAAGGGAGAAAACAAAGACAUGCAAGAUGAUGGGCCUGCAGUAUGCAGACAACCUCUUGUGACUGUCGUGCCUUCACUUCCCAGAGCUGCAUCCAUUGAAUGGCAUGUCAUGGCUGUAGUAGAUGAGCACCAGCAAAGGAAGACGUUUGUGCUGAUGAAGUCAUCAGAGAACUACCACAUUAAAUGUGAAGCAAUCCAGUCCUCCACAGCUUGUAGUGCAGCUGUUGUCAUAUCCUUCAGCUUGAGUCCACCAUCAGCUGCUACAAUCAAUUUAGAUAUAGCCCUACAUGACACUGUGGAUGUGUUUAAGCAAGCUUUUAAGAAGCUUUCAGAAGAUCAUGACAUAACUCCCCUGGGAUUUAGAACUUUCUACCAAAACAGUGUGGUUGAAAUGGAACCACUGCGAACAGGACUGCAAGAACAUAUUGAAGAACAAAUGGGCAUGAAAACACCAGCUCUGAUCAUGGUACCUGUGGUGGACUUACCUGGCCACAUAAUUAUUCAGAUAGCUUGCUGGCUCAGCCAAUAACUAAGCAGCUAUCCCUGCUAUGAUUAUUCCAUUGGAGGAGAAGAGAUCAGUGGGAUACCUGACUGUACACUGUGUAAUAAUAACAAGCAGAUUUGUUUGUGGAAUUUUGGGGGGAAAUUGUCCUUGGCCAUCAGACAGUGGUCACAGGGAAGGUAAAAAUAGCAUCCCACAACCCUAGAAUCUUUCUAGUACUGCAUUUUUAACCAAACUAGGAUUAUGCUUCAUUCUUUAAUAUAGCUUUCAUUAAUAACUUCCUUAUAGGUUAAUUCAUACAUGGAAAACCCCUUUUUCAUAUACCUGCUUCAGUAACUCUGGUACAUUCUCAACAAGUUGUGUUACUUUGAUGUAACUCCUUAAUAUCAGAACAUGUUCUGUGGAUCAGAAUGUCAACCUGUUAGAUUUUUUUGUUAUUCAUUUAUACUAGUACUGUCAACUUAAGCUUAACAUAUUGUGUAUGUAUGUGUAUAACCAAGGCAAUGUCAGAUGCUACCUUUCCCACAUCAAGAGCAAAAAUACAUGAGGAAUCCAUUACUAGUAAUUGAAGGGUAAUACUCAAGGGAUACUUCAUAUCCCAUAAUGAAGAAAGAAAUUUCUUGAAAUGUAAUAACUGAAAGAGAACCAUCAGAUUGUAGUGCUCAUGUUACUAUGCUGGAUUUGAUGUUUAACUCAUGGGCCAUUCAAGAGCUGGUGCCUGUCCGCUGUGCCGCAACCACUCCCAGCUACCGCUCCAAAAGAUGCUUCUGGGUGGCAUGGAAGGCUUGAAAACUGAAAGACCCUCCCUGUUGCCAAGAAGCCUCUAUAGACUUACACUGCCCCAAAAGGUGGCUUAAGUCUGAAGCAGAGCCCACCAGCAUAAUGCCAGCAGAGGCCGGGAGGGAGCUGACUAACGUUGGCUCCUCCCCUGGCCAUGCGCCCGGCUCACCCCUGCUACAGCAAUGGGAGGGAUGCUGGCAUGGCAUUCAUUGCCAUGUUUCAGCACCGGGGAAGGGGGGCAGCAGAUGUAUGCCAGCGGGAUUACCCUCUGCUGGGGUAAGUGCCCCAGGGAAGUCAAAUGUGCCAGCGCAGCAGCGUGACACUCCCAAGAGUGGAUUUCCACCACUGCCCCCUUUGAAUGAAGCUUCUGGUCUUAUAAUUCUGUUAUAAUGGUUUCACAGUUCAGGCAGCCACUGUAACUCCACUAAAAUAUGUUGAGAGUUAGUCUUUGUAGCUUUUAAGCUGUUUUUCCUAAAGUUUUACCUAGCAAAAGUAUUUAAAGAAUUCAUGAGUUAUAUUUCUAUCAGUUCAAUUGCAGUAUAGCAUUUGUGUUAUUCAGCAUGCAGCCUUCCUCACUCCUGAUCUGCCAAUGGAACUUGCUAAACAAAAAAGAAUCAUCCCCUGUAUUGACUCACCUCACAGUCAGGGGCAUAAGAGGACUGACCCCACACCCUAACUCAGGGCAGUUGCUUGGUGGUCUGCAGAGUCUGACAGCAUAAAAGAAGUGGCUGUGUGUAUAGCAUGCUUACCGGAAUCCACUUUAUUGGCAAAUGAGAAUAUGCAUUCAUUUGAAAAUGAAUGAAGAAACAAAAAAGCCCCAUUAAUUUUUACAUCAAAAUUAUACUAUGCUUCACUUACAUUCCUGAUGUGCACAUUACACAUGCACAUUCCAUGAUGAGUCCUAUCUUCUCUUUUGUGGUGCUUCUUCCAUUGCUAGCCUUGUAUUGUGGAACAGGCUCCUGGAGAUAUUCUAUGGGACACCAAAUCAGGUGGACUUUUAUGAGACCUGCAAAAUGUUAUGAUGAUAAAGCAUACACCUUUUUUGUUUGUCUGUUUAGUCACAAGUAUUUUUUUAUCGACUGUAAAACACGGUCUUUUCAUCCCAUCUCUGUGAAAUCUGACCUCUACAUUGAAUGGAAAACAAAAUCAAUCUGAAAAUAUUUGUCAACUGAAACCAGUGGAAACAAAAAAAAUGAAUGGAAGUAAUUUAUUUAUUGAAAUAGUAAUAUCCUGACUUUCCUAUGCAGCCCAGGUCAUCUUGCAGAAGUAACCAUAAAACGAAGCUGCACAGUUAAAAAGUACUACAAAAUUUCUUCAUAAACAGUAGGCUCCAAGGACAGAACACGUAUCAAAAAGUGUCAGUUCAUAUCUAGUUCUGGACAUAUGACCAUUUAAAGUCCUACUGGGAAAAGUCAAUCUAAAACAGGGGUCUGCUACCUGCGGCUCUCCAGAUGUUCAUGGACUACAAAUCCCAUCAGCCCCUGCCAGCAUGGCCAAUAAAGUGAACCAAUUUCACCUGAUUUUACCCCCGCAGCCUGCUGAUCCUCCUGAAGUCUUGUGACUAAAAAAAAUCAUGUUGUCAGAGAUCAAAAAAGAUUGCUGGCGGAAUGCAGCGGAAAUCUACAUAUUUUCUUUCUAGAAGGGAGUUUGCAUUUACCCAUGAAACUGGGAUUGGAUUCUCUCUGAAAUUUAGCAGGGAUGAUCCCUUCAGUGAGGUUUACAAACCCUGAGAAUUUUAUCUCAGUUGAGAUGGUAUCACAAAGGCACUACUGACAGAAGUAUGUUUUUAUUUAACGGUUCAAAACUAAGAUCUUUUUUCUUACCUGUUUGAAAUCUGGCAGCAUGUCCCUUGGGUCAGGAGCAGAAUCCCUGAAAUUCCCUGCAAGUUGGAAGGAAAACAAAUAUGUGUUUCUCAAUGAAAUAAAACUUACAGUCUUAACAAAAAUGAAUGUUGAACAUGAAAUAAAAACUUUAAAAAAUAAAAUGGUGGUAGGGAUGAACUUCUGUAGUGGUGAGUGAUCCAUUUUGUUUCCAUUCUAUCAUAUUAGAAGAAGAAGAGUUUGGAUUUAUAUCCCCCCUUUCUGUCCUGUAGGAAACUCAAAGGGGCUUACAAUCCCCUUGCCCUUCCACCCUCA